AUGAAGCUCUUUCUCCUGGCUUUUGCCAUGAUCUCAUUUCUGCCACAGACAACCAAAGGUGGCUGGGGAGAAAAAAAAUGCUUUGACAAUGUGGGACGCUGUCGGAGUUCGUGCAAGAGUAAGGAGAGCGAGCAUUCUACGUGUCCCAAUAAGAAAAAAUGCUGUGUGCCCACGGAUAAGCUCCCGAAGGAUGCGGAAAAGACAGGGGGCGACGGCGCGGCUGCCUCAGGAGCAGGAGCACCUCCCAGUGCAGGAGCCUUGACCCCACCACCAGCAGGUGCAGCCCCCGCUGCGGCCCCAGCCCCGGCUGCCGCCCCAGCCCCCGCCGCAACACCGGCAGCCGCAGAAGCCCCUCCCGCAGAAGCCGCCCCAACAGAAGCCGCUCCCGCAGAAGCCGCCCCCACUGAGGCACCACCUGAGGGCGAAUGA